AUGCACACGUCCGACGGGACGCAGGCGCUCAUCUCGACAGCGAAAGCGUGCGAUAAGGACCGCGGCGUAGACCUCGGGAUCAACGGAGAUCCCAUCCCCUACUCCCCCACUGCCCAUCGUGCCCUCCUCGCACUCCGCACUGCGACGAGCCAUCGGCCGUUCCAAAUGGUGAGAGACAGGUUCUACGCCAUGGAGGUGCAAAUGCUACGCCCAGGAACACCUCUCCCUUCGCCCGCAACCAUAUCCACUGAUGUGAAGCGCCUCUACGAAGGCAUGGCAACCGACCUUAGCCAAUACCUGCGGAAGCGCAAUCUUCCCUUCCAUCUUAUGGUUGAUGGGUGGACGAGCCCAAUAACGACGGGCGAGCUCGGCCUCGUGCUGCAGUGGUACGCGGAUGGCGGUCUGCACCGCUGUGUACUCGAGUUCAUUAAGUAA